AAAUGAGGAAAGGCCAUCUCUUGGCACUUCUGAUAAAACUAAAGCGAGUGUACUAGGACGAAAAAGGUGAUUUUAUUUGAGCAUUGCCUUCAGAUAUAGAUCCAAAGCUCAUUGUACACUGUAAUUGGCCCUCUUUAGUAGAUAACUACUUCUUUUUUGUGGUUUUUGUGUUGUAUGCGCAGAAAGAGUUGGUUCUCUUUCUUUUUUUUUUAGUUUAUAGUCUGUGUUCUCUUUGUGUUCUGCUGGCCCUAAAGAAGGCACGAUAAGGCCUCUUUUGUCUAUGCUCUACAGGUACCGCUUUGCUGGUUAGUUAACGGUUUAUGUCUCUUCUUCUUGGCUUACCAUCAUGCUCAACGGUGCUUUGACCAUCAAGUAUCUGCUGAACUUGGCGCUUGUUUUUGUUGCUUCUUUCACUGGCAGAAGUCAUACCAGUGCCUUUAGCGUGUGCAAUGAUAGACUAUUUUGUGUCAUAUCCUGGAUAUGUCGACUAGAUCUUAUGAUUACACAUUACACUUUGUUCAUGAAACGAGUAUUUUCUUCUUUACUGCUAGGUUUCCUAAUGUGUCCUAAGAUUGUGUAAUCGUUUUGUUUUAAACUCUUCAUGUUGUUUAGUGUCAAAGUAAAAGUUCUAUAAUAUCUUUUAUGACAUGGUCUUAAUAAUAAGUCAGUUACUGAAGCCAUAAUGGUUUUUUUGACUAAUGUAUUGGCCUUUGUUGCUAU